AGCACCACAGCAACAACAUGGCCAACGUGUCCUACCACAUCUCCAACCUCCUGGAGAAGAUGACAUCCAGCGACAAAGACUUCAGGUUUAUGGCCACCAAUGACCUGAUGGUGGAGCUGCAAAAAGACUCCAUCAAACUGGACGAUGACAGUGAGAAGAAGGUGGUGAAGAUGCUUCUGAAGCUACUGGAGGACAAAAACGGAGAGGUCCAGAACCUGGCUGUCAAGUGCUUGGGUCCGCUGGUCAGCAAGGUCAAAGAGUACCAGGUAGAGACGAUUGUGGAUACUCUGUGCACCAACAUGCUGUCUGACAAAGAGCAACUCAGGGAUAUCUCCAGCAUCGGACUGAAGACUGUCAUUGCUGAGCUGCCUCCUGCCUCCAGUGGUCUGGCAUUGUCCGCCAACGUGUGUAAGAAGAUCACUGGCCGGUUGACGAGCGCUAUCGCCAAGCAGGAAGAUGUGUCUGUUCAGCUGGAGGCGCUGGAUAUCCUGUCUGAUAUGCUGAGCAGGCUGGGGGGAACUCUGAUCACAUUCCAUUCCUCUAUCCUGAGCUGCCUAUUGCCUCAGCUGUCGAGCACCAGGCUGGCUGUACGAAAGAGAGCCAUCAUCGCUUUGGGGCACUUGGUCAUGAGCUGCAGUAGCUGUCUCUUCUCCGAGCUGAUGGAUCAUCUCCUGGUCGAGCUUUCAAAGAACGAAUCCACCUCCAUGACCCGAACCUACAUUCAGUGCAUCGCCGCAAUCAGCAGGCAGGCUGGGCAUCGAGUUGGAGAACAUUUGGAGAAGAUUAUCCCACUCAUUGUGAAGUACUGCAACGUGGAUGAUGACGAGCUCCGCGAGUACUGCUUCCAGGCCUUCGAGUCUUUUGUGAGGAGGUGUCCAAAGGAAAUGUCCUUUCACAUCCCCACUGUGAUCGGCCUGUGCUUAACGUACAUCACCUACGACCCAAAUUACAACUAUGAUCACGACGAUGAUGACGAAGAUGCAAUGGAGACGGACAAAGGCGAAGACGAGGAGGAUCAAGAUAGUGAAGAGGAAUACACCGACGACGACGACAUGAGCUGGAAAGUGCGACGGGCAUCCGCUAAGUGCUUGGACGCCAUCAUGAGCACCAGACACGAGAUGCUGCAGGAGUUUUACAAGACUGUGUCCCCGGCCCUGAUCAGUAGAUUCAAGGAGAGGGAGGAGAAUGUGAAAGCAGACAUCUUUCACGCUUAUGUGUCUCUUCUGAAACAGACUAAACCAGUCCAGAGCUGGCUGCAGACCGCUGAUGCCCUGGAACAAGGCGGGAUGCCUCUUAGGAUGCUUCAGAACCAAGUGCCCAGUAUAGUUAAAGCCUUGCACAAGCAACUUAAGGAGAAGAGUAUGAAGACACGACAAGGCUGUUUCAACCUGCUGACCGAAUUGGCAAAUGUCUUACCGGGAGGUCUGUCCGAGCACGUUCCAGCGUUAGUACCAGGCAUUGUUUAUUCCCUGACGGAUAAAUCGAGUACCUCCAACAUGAAGAUCGACGCACUGUCUUUCUUGCACGUCAUCCUGUGCAGCCACCCACCGGAGAUAUUCCAUCCACACAUCAACACUUUGCUGCCCCCCACGGUGGCCUGCAUCAGCGACCCUUUCUACAAGAUCACCUCCGAAGCCUUGCUGGUAACUCAGCAACUUGUGGAGGUCAUCCGUCCGCUGGACAAGCCUUGUUCGUUCGACGCGAAGCCUUACGUGAAAGAUCUGUUCAGCAGCACUCUGAAGAGGCUGAAAGCGGCAGACAUUGACCAGGAGGUGAAGGAACGAGCUAUAGCCUGUAUGGGGCAGAUCAUCUGUAAUCUCGGAGACAGUCUCGGUGCUGACCUGAAUCCCACUUUGCAGAUUUUCCUCGAGCGACUAAAAAACGAGAUCACAAGACUGACCACCGUCAAGACGCUGACCCUGAUUGCGAGUUCUCCCUUAAAGAUCGACCUGCGCCCCAUUCUCGGCGAGGGUGUCCCUAUCCUAGCCUCCUUCCUGCGGAAGAACCAGCGGGCAUUGAAGCUCAGCACCCUGGCUGCUCUGGACAUCCUCAUCAAAAACUACAGCGACAGCCUUAAACCAACGAUGAUCGAGUCGGUCUUAAUGGAGCUUCCGUCUCUGAUCGGGGAGAGCGACAUGCAUGUCUCGCAGAUGGCCAUCACCUUCCUGACCUCACUGGCCAAAGUCUACCCUUCGUCUGUCUCUAAGAUCGGUGGCUCCAUCCUGACUGAACUAUUUAAUCUCGUCCGUUCGCCACUGCUCCAGGGAGGGGCACUAAACGCCAUAUUGGACUUUUUCCAGGCUUUGGUGGUGUCUAAGACUGCAAACAUGGGCUACAUGGAGCUGCUCAAGCAACUGACGGGAACUAUCUACUCAUCGACUCAAGCAGGAGGCGCGGUGGUCUUGCACAAGCAAGCCUAUUAUUCUGUGGCCAAAUGCGUGGCUGCACUCACCUCGGCUAGCCCAAAGGACGCCAGCACUGUGGUCAAUCAGUUCGUCCAAGACGUGAAGAACCCCAAGUCAUCCGAUUCAGUCCGUUUGCUGGCUCUGCUCUCUUUAGCCGAGAUAGGCCGCACCAUGAAUUUGAGCGCACAGAAGGAACUCAAGGUGGUCAUCCUAGAGGCCUUUUCGUCACCCAGCGAGGAGGUCAAAUCAGCCGCCUCCUACGCACUGGGGAACAUCAGUGUCGGGAACCUCAAUGAGUACCUGCCUUUCAUGCUCAAGGAGAUCGGCAGCCAGCCCAAACGACAGUAUCUGCUGCUGCACUCACUCAAAGAGGUCAUCAGCUCCUCUUCGGCAGAUGGCUUGAAACCCCAUGUACAAGACAUCUGGGCCUUGCUGUUUAAACACUGCGAGUGCACUGAGGAAGGGACCCGGAACGUGGUGGCCGAGUGUCUGGGCAAAUUAACCCUCAUAGACCCUACCCACCUCCUGCCCAGGCUGAAGAAGCAGCUCACGUCAGGUUCAGCAUUUGCACGGAGCACAGUGGUGACAGCUGUCAAGUUUACGAUUUCAGACAAUCCCCAGGCCAUCGACCCACUGCUGAAAGCUUGUAUAGGAGACUUCUUACAAACUCUGGAGGACCCAGACCUCAAUGUUAGGCGUGUCGCUUUGGUGAUGUUUAACUGUGCGGCUCACAACAAACCUUCGCUGAUCAGGGACCUGCUGGAGACUGUUCUCCCUCAUCUGUACAAUGAAACCAAGAUCAGAAAGGAGCUCAUCAGAGAGGUGGAAAUGGGACCUUUCAAGCACACAGUAGACGACGGGCUUGACAUUAGGAAAGCCGCCUUUGAAUGCAUGUACACACUGUUGGACAGCUGCCUCGACAGGCUGGACAUCUUUGAGUUCCUGAACCAUGUGGAAGAUGGCCUGAAGGACCACUACGAUAUCAAGAUGCUAACAUUUAUUAUGCUCGCUCGCUUGUCGACUGUUAGCCCCAGUGCAGUGCUUCAGAGACUGGACCGGCUGGUGGAACCACUUCGUGCAACCUGCACCACAAAGGUGAAGGCCAACUCUGUGAAGCAGGAGUUUGAGAAACAGGACGAACUGAAGCGCUCGGCUAUGAGAGCAGUAGCGGCUCUCCUCACCAUCCCGGAGGCUGAGAAGAGUGCUCUGAUGGCAGAAUUUCAGUCACAGAUCCGAUCCAACCCCGAAAUGUCAGCCAUUUUUGAAAGUAUUCAGAAGGACACCACCUCAACCAGUAGUACAGAAACAAUGGACCUCAGUUAAAAAAAAAACAAGUAAAGCAAAAAGGAUCUGAACAAGAUGCCUUGGCUUCCUACCUAA